AUGCUAAAACAGUUCCUCUCCUUCAAGCGAGAGAAGCAGGAGGAGCAGGAGGCGCUCUUCCUGCAGCCCGGCUGGGGCGCCCCCUCGCAGAACAGGCUCGCCCCCAGCGAGUAUGUGGAGUGGUCCGAGGCGAGUUUUGUUCAGACCUUCCUGCAGAUGGCAGAGCAGGCGCUGGCGGUGAGGAGCGCCACCAACGAGCACCUGCGCACCCAGCUGGCCACAGAGCGCAGCGAGAAGAGCGAGGUCCAGAAGACGUCCAGCGCUGCGCAGGAGGAGUCUGUGUUCCUGGCGGAGCACAUGCAGAGCCUGAUGGAUGAGCGGGCGGCGCUGAGGAAGGAGCUGGAGCGGGCGCAGCGCGCGCAGGAGUACCUCACCUCCGAGAACGAGCUGCUGCGGCAGGAGCUGCUGGAGGGUGCGGCGCUGGGCGAGGAGAGCGGCGCCAUGCUGCAGCUGCUGGCGCGGAGGGAGGAGGAGCUGCGGGGGGCGCAGGCGGAGCUGCUGGCGGCGCAGCAGCGCAACGUGCAGCUGGAGAACGACAAUGUGCAGCUGCAGGCGAGGGUGUCGGCGCUGGAGCGCGCCCACACCGCGCAGGCCACCGCCAUGCUGUCGUGCCUGGAGGAGAGCGAGCGCGUGCGCCUGCAGCAGCUGUCCAUCUCCAUCCCAGACUCGCCCCAGGUGGCGGCGCACCCACCCCGCCGCUGCGAGCUCGCCAGCGACGGCGGCAGCAGCACGGGGGCGGACGCCUGCGCCGCCUGCUCCAGCGCCUACACAGACGCCCUGGACCUGGGUUCAGACGGCAGCUACGUCUCCUGUAUCACGCCCUACGGCAGCAGCGCCACCGGCGGCGCCGCCGCGGACAGCAUCUUCCGCUCCGCCUCCAGCUCGCCCUCGCCGGGGGGCGGCGGCGCCACCAGCAAGCAGCAACCGUGCGGCGGCAGCCAGCCGCCGGGCAGCGGAGGGAUGAUAAAGGCGUGCAGGGGAUGA